UUUACUGCAAGGAUUCUAUAGAACUCUAGAUGUCCGUGUCCAGGCGAGCAGUGCUUUUGAGACUUGUAGCUUUACUUGCUUCAGCGGUGUUGCAUGCAUCAGAAAGCAGAGGCGAUGGGUCCACAAAUGCGAGUUCGUGUGCGCAGACUUUCUGCAGAAAGGGAAAGAUGUGUGUUGAAAGUAAGAUCGGCGAAGUGAUCACCGCAGAGUGUACGUGUCCAGUGAACUGCUCAAAUGUACAUCGCCCUGUUUGCAGCGUUUACCAUGUGGAAUUUCCAAACAUCUGUGAGUUACAUAAGUUUGCCUGUGCAAAUGAAAUGCAUAUUCAAGUAAAGCAUCAAGGGAACUGCAGCGAACAAGAGGCUUCAUCAGCUUGCCGCAAAUCACAAAUAAUAAAUUUUCAAGACAAGUGGUUGCAAAGAAUUUUCCCAGUAUACCAGGAAAGCAGGGUAUUUUCUGUGGUUGAAAGACUCCUACUUGCAAAGCGUAAUUUUGACCGGUACUGGGACAAAGAUAAAAACGGUUUGCUCAGCGAGGACGAAAUAUCAAGAAUUUUCCACGAGAGGACAUUUUUAAACUCUGCAUGCAUUGUAGGGCUCAUUAGAUCAUGUGAUACUGACAGGACCCCAGGGAUAAACAGACAAGAAUGGCACACUUGCCUCAAAACCGAAGACUGCUCAGUCACAUGUGGAGGUGGUCGGCAAAGACGAACAGGAACCUGUAUUUUACCCAGUACAGGACAGAAACUACAACGAGAGCGGUGUGUUGGGAACCAUCAUCAAACAAGAAAGUGUGUUAAUGGAGAAUGUCCAGACUGGAUGGUGUCCAUUGAUACUGAUGGUAAAUGGAGUCGCUGGUCAUCAUGGACUGAUUGCUCGCGUUCUUGUGGAAAGGGUCGACAGAGUCGAACUCGUGUGUGUACUAACAAAGCCACUGGAAAGCUUCUAAAAAACGGCUGGUGUGCCGGGAAACCUCGACAGGAAGACAUAUGCGCGGACUGGAAGUGCCCAGAUAAAAGGAAAAGAAAGUGUCCACUAGAUAGAGAAGGUACUCUAAAGGGACGAGUAUUAACAAAACGUGACGCACCUCUGGCUGGAGCUAAUGUAUCGCUUGCCGAGUCUCCAUAUAAGAUAUUGAGUCGCACUCAAGAAAAUGGCUUCUUCGAAGUCAAUGCAUUCUGCUUCGACAAAGAAAAAGUCAUUUUGAUUAUCAAGCGUGGAUACGUCCCCCAGACUUUUCGCAUAACGGACUCGAAAUCCACCUUUAAAUUCAAGAUGGAAAACGCAGUUCACCCGACAGUAACAGCUCACCCAGAAGACAGAAGACGUUUUGUUGGACAAGAUGUCAUAUUUUGUUGCCAGGUGGAAGGAAAUCCACCUCCAGUCAUAGAAUGGUUUCGAAAUGAAAACAUCUUAGACUCGGACGAAUUUAAUAAUAAAGAAACGUUACUGUUGCGAAAGGUGGAAAAGAACAUGGCUGGAAAUUUUAGAUGCCGUGCAGUAAAUCAAUUCGGCGCAGAAUUUUCUGAGUCUGCGACAUUAACUGUUCUCGACCCAGUUUUGAACUCAUGCAACUCUACACCAUCUGAUCAUUACAUAAACCUUCCCGAUGGAUGUACAGAUCUCACAGGUAAAAGCAAGGUAAACAUCGGAAAGUGCGAUAAUAGCCCUUGUAUACGGGCUGAUGUGGCCCCCAAACAGUCCUGUGAGGAAGAAGAGCGCUGUUGCCAGGCUGGAGCUGUGAGUGAAACCACCGUUCGCUGUGGUCAAGGAGACUUUACAGUAAGGCGCAUUGCGAGCUGCAGAUGUGACAUUUGCAAAGAGGGAGAUACCAUUGUGAAAGGAGUUGUGGUAGGAGGAGCAGAUGAAACACCGGUGGAAUAUUGCGACAUUCUGGUUAACGAUACAGUUGUUACCUUCUCCGACUUCGACGGAACUUUUCAACUGACUGUGAACAAGACUACAAAGCGAUUGGUGGCAACGUUUCGAGAUUACACGGAGGAGUACGAGGAAACAACAGUUACGUUACCUUUCCAAAAGGGCGCAACAACAUUCCAUAAAAUUCAUCUUCGCCUAGAAGCGAAACCCAUUGAAUUUGAUCCCGAAGAAGAGAAGGUGGUACCCCUUGUAGGAGAUGCAGCGGCAGAAGUUGUUAUACCAGCCAAUAGCUUAAUUGACAAAGAUGGAAACCCCCAAAAAGGCAAAGCGAAAGUGAAAGUUCAGUUUAGCGAUCCCAGAAGUGAGCAAGACAUUCUAGAAUCACAAGGUGAUUUUACUACUGUCGACGAAGAUGGCGAAGAACAGUUACUCAGAACGUACGGCCUUUUCAAAAUCAAGGUACAGGACGAAAAUAACAACAACCUCGGCCUCACCAAGGAUCUUCAUAUUAACAUCGACAUAGAACAAAUGACUGGAGAGACCUUCAAUGAAUCUACACCCUUACCACAUCUGUGGUGGCUGGACCAGAAAACUGGUCGAUGGGUGGACGCUGGCCAACUUGAACGAAACAGCGAAAGUGCCAAGCGCAGAAAGAGAAACUUAUGGUCCAGGGCAUUUUCUGGAGCAAUAAGCCCAGAGAAUGUUCAAAAUGUUUUUAAUCUCGAUGAAAUUUAUGACAGGUGUUUUGCAAAGGUUAGAGCAACCAGACAAGACGGAUCAGGAAUACCAAAUGCGAAAGUCACCAGUAUUUUCACGAAUCCUCGUGGACAAGCGAUUCAAGGGUACUUAAUGCGGACAACUUCCUCAAACGGCUACCGAUGCAUAGCAACCCAGUGCAACAGCCAUGGUUACAUGGAGGUGGAGGAAGACGGAAAGCCUUUAUUGCCUGUUGAGAACGAAGUGCAUGCUCUCCCUCCUGAAACGAAUGCUUCCAUAGUAGAUACCCGAAGAAUCAAUUUUAAUCCUGGUGCGCGACCACUCAACGGCCCUGUGUACCAAAAAGCUCAAGCUAGCUCUUGUCGGAGGGAUGGUAGUGGGCAGAGUUACUUCUCAUUUCAUAGCCAAGGCGACGCACAAGUUUUCAACCAGGGGUACGUCCCGCAGCCGCCUUUCCAACAACGAUUUAGACGUGGAUCCUUUAGGAGGAGAUGCUAUUUAAAGAUCUUGACAUCCGGGACAACGAGUACCUUGGUAACGGCACAAAGUUAUUCUGAAGAUGAGGGAACACUGUAUGGGACAGCCACUAAACAAACCGAGAGAGUCAACAGCAAUUUAUAUGCAGCUUGCAUAGAGCACAGAUGUCCUGAACGCGAUGCAACAUUGAUUCGUUUCACAGUGUUGACCGGAGAAUGCCGAAGAAGUCGAGUUCAAGAUAUUUUAGACGAGAAUAGAAACAGCGGUCUAGCACCAAAUGUGGCAAAGGCUUUGACUCCAACUGACGAUGAACUGUCUGGUAAUUCUCUCGGGAUGUUCACGUGCCGACAGUGCAACUCGGCUGGUCUUAUAAGCGACUUUGAAACUAAGUGCCUUAAAAAGCGAAUAGUAGACGGGAUUAGAAUGAAAUUUUUCGCAGUAAAGUUUACUUGCAACUAGUAAAACACUAACUCGUGGCUCCUUCUAAAUCUUUAACUAAAAUUCAAAUUCAAGGAAAGACUACGAGAAUUCUAGAAAUAAUUUUUUUUUCCAUUUAGUACUACUUCUAGCAUCGUGUGCGGUUUUUUUUUUGUCUAAAUUACUCUCUUUCAGUAGUAUGUGACAACUCUUAUCAGUCAACCAUAGAAAUUCUGGUGACUAAUGGCAGCGUCAGUCCCUUCAGUUAAGCCAGUGAACCAAACGAAGAGCCCGCCCCUAGAGAUUCGCAAAGGGACUUCUAAAUAUAAGAAAGCAUUGUUAAAAACUACUUAAUUCUAGCUAUUAAUUCUGACAACAUGGGCCUAUGCAUCAAACCUGCCAAAUUCAAUUUUUUCAAAUGCUAGAAACGAAGCACAUCAUGAAAAUUCCUCUGGUUUUCCGCAAGCAGGAAAAUUCAACACGACCUUAUGUAACAAAUCGAUCAAAUUUGCCCAAAUCUAAAAUGAAGCUUCACAUAUUUUACACCUCAUUUACGUUUUGUAAGAGCGUGAAGUUGUAGGAUGUGAAACGAAUAACAAUACCGUGAGUCGAUAAAUCUGAAAAUAACGGCUUUCUCAGUUUUCCGUGUUGAGUAUUGUGGAGGUAAAACAUUUACUUUUUUUAAUACGCUUAAGUCUGGUUUUACGAUACUUUGGAUCCAGCCUCUAAGUGUUUCUACACCUAGUAACCAUUGUAUAUUGUGGACUGAAAAAAUGUCUUAAGAUGUCCACGGAAAAUUGUGGCGCGACCUUGACGCAAAAGUAUCGUUUUCACAUCUUUUUUCCAAAGUGUUCACGAAGAAUGAAUCUGCAGUUAACAAAGCACACUUUUCAAAUCCUCAAUUCAUCUCUUUUUAAUUCAGAAAUGUCGCAAAUAGUGGUGAAUUGGAACGGAGAAGCAGAUGUGAUUAGUACAAUAAUGAAAAAUCUUGUACUACUUUUAUAGGAUAUGGAAGAUGGCUUGCGUGUUUAAACGUAUCUCGCAACGUCUUAUGGUAGGUGAAAAGUGAAUGUAACAAUGUUCUCUGGAGGCGAGCUAAAACUAAAUCUUUUUUCAAAAGUCACGCAGACUUACUACUUCCAAGUCAUUGGCAGGCUAAAAUAUGUGACAGCCUUCAAAAUAUUCUUACUGCUGCUGAGUAAAACCCCAAAUUUAAUAAGUAUCAGAAACGUGUCUGACAUCACGUAUUUCUUUUCUUAGUGAGUGAUUAGUCUCGAUUUAUUGUGCACGUUUUUCCUCUUUGUAUCAGUGGACUGUCAACUAUAAGUUCGGCGGAAUCACAUAAUUGAAAUCUUUAAGCAAAUUACCAUAAAAAUUAAUUUCUAUAUCAAAUGUGAACGAGUGACUGGUGGCGUAACUUUUCAUUACAAAAAUGCUGAGUGAACAGCGUACAAUUGUAACGCACAAAAGAUCCUUUAGAAGACUGUUUUCCUUCUUAAUCUUCCCACUAUUGUCCCGUAUUUUGGAACACCUCAUUGAGUAACUUUGCAUGAUUCCCAGCUUUGCUGAUAUUAUCCGAUCAAUAUAUUCUUUUUCGCAUUGACAACCAAUGUUCUUUAUAUCUAACGCAACUAAGUAAACUAUAAUAAAUAAUAAUUAAAAUG